AUGAAGUUCGGUGAGACAUUAAAGUCUUCUUUGAUUCAGGACUACAACUACUACUAUAUACAAUAUGACGAACUGAAGUACAAACUGAAGAAAGGGCUUCAACAGACACAAGACGAGUGGUCGAAUGACCUAGAGGAAAAAUUCGUUGAUGCUCUAGAACAGGAGCUCGACAAGGUUUACAGUUUUGUCAAAUUGAAACAUCAAGAAAUUCUUCGUAGAAUCAAGGAUGUUGAGAGUCUUGUAAGUGCCACAGUUGAUGGGUCAAGGAAUGUGUCUAGUGAUAAUGAAAGAGAGCUAUACGAGCAAGAUUUUGAAGACUUGGAAGAAGAACUCAGCGACGUGAUUGCAGAUGUUCAUGAUUUGGCGAAAUUUACAAGGCUGAACUAUAUUGGAUUUCAAAAAAUACUAAAGAAACAUGACAAGCAGACAAACCAAAAUUAUAUUCUCAAACCCAUUUUUUUGGCCCGUUUGAAUAGCAAAGCCUUUUACAAAGACAACUACGAUAGUUUGGUGGUUAAAUUGAGUAAACUGUAUGAUCUGGUUAGAACUCGGGGUAAUCCUGUCAAAGGAGACAGCUCUUCGGGAGGUCGAACACAGAAUUUUGUAAGGCAGACAACUAAGUAUUGGGUACAUCCAGACAAUAUCACUGAGUUAAAACUUAUCAUUCUGAAACACUUGCCUGUUUUGGUGUUCAAUUCAUCCAAGGAGUUCGAAAAGGAAGAUUCUGCAAUAACUUCUAUCUACUUUGACGACAAAGACAUGGAUUUGUACUACGGUAGACUGCUGAAGAAUGAGGGUGCCGAAGCCAUUCGAUUGCGUUGGUACGGAGGGAUGUCUUCGGACAAUAUUUUUGUCGAAAGAAAAACUCACAGGGAGGAUUGGACUGGAGAAAAAUCUGUUAAAGCUCGGUUUUCCUUGAAGGAGAAAAAUGUCAACGACUUUCUUCGUGGAGAUUUCACUGUCCACGAUGCUUUUGAUAAAAUCCGGAAAGAGGGUAAAAAGUCCCCACAGGAGAUUGAGUCUUUGGAAAGGUUAGCCAAUGAAGUUCAAUAUCGUGUCAUCAAGGACAAAAUGAGACCUGUCAUGAGGUCUUUUUAUAAUCGAACUGCAUUCCAGCUUCCCGGAGACGCCCGUGUGCGUAUUUCAUUAGAUACUGAGUUGAGUUUGGUUAGAGAGGAUAAUUUUGAUGGAAUUGACAGAACUCAGAACAACUGGAGGCGUAUGGAUAUUGGAAUCGAUUAUCCAUUUAGCCAGCUUCCUGAGAAGGAUGUUUGCCGUUUUCCCUAUGCCGUCUUGGAAGUUAAAUUGCAGACUCAGUUAGGUCAGGAGCCUCCUGCUUGGGUCAAGGAAAUGGUUGGUUCUCACCUUGUGGAGGCGGUUCCGAAGUUUUCUAAGUUUAUACAUGGGUGCGCAACACUUUUACCCGAAAAAGUGGACUUGAUACCAUUCUGGUUGCCUCAAAUGGAUAUUGACAUUCGAAAGCCCCGCAACAAUCAGAGAUUUGGUAUCAAGCACCGCGAGAAUCUUGGGAAUGAGAAUGGGAUUGGAUCCGGAAAUGACCUUGAUGAGGAGGAAUCGACUGGUAUACCGCAGUUACCUCUAGCUAACGGUGCAUUCCAGUCAUCCCAUCCAGCAUCUCACCCAUAUUCUGCGAAUAGCACUACAACCAACUGCAUUGCUAGCUUCAAAAAAUGGUGGCGUGAGGUUAGAGCUGUUGAUGACUCUUUUCGCAAAGUGCCGUCAGGUACAGUUUUUGACGUGAGUUUUUCAGCCCCCCCUGGAAAAAAGAUUGCUGUACCAAUACGCGUGGAGCCUAAGGUCUAUUUUGCAACAGAGAGAACGUAUCUUUCGUGGCUAUCCAUCGCCAUGAUUAUAGGGGGAACAGCGACACUCUUGUUGAGCUAUGGUGAUAAAGUAUCUUUUAUUGCAAGCAUUGGUUUUUUUAUUACUGCCACAGUCACAAUUCUUUACUCCAUGGGCGUGUAUCUAUGGAGAGUGGUCAAUAUUCGUAGGAAAAGGGCUAUCCGGUACGAUGAUCAAUUAGGACCACGGUGUAUAGCUGCCUGCUUAGCGCUUUCCAUUGGCCUUAGUUUUGUUUUUCGAGUUAUGGACUAA